CGGAGCGGGCCGGGAGGGUGCACGCAGUGCGAGCGCCGCGCCGGUCCCUGGGCGGGUGGAGCGGACGCGCGUCGCGAGGCGGAUCCUGACUCCGGGGAGUCGCGGCUGGGACAUGGCGGUGGCCGCUCGGCGGCCGCGGCGGCGUCCCUGGGCCCUGCUGUGCCUGGCUGUGGCCGCGCUGCUCUGCCCUGCGGCGGGCGAAUUAGAGUGUUACUGCCAGCUAUGUACAAAAGACAACUUUACGUGUAUGACAGAUGGAGUAUGUUUCGCCUCGGUAACACGAACUGCAGACAAAAUAAUGCGCAACAGUAUGUGUAUAGCAGAAAUUGAUCUGAUUCCCCGAGACAGACCAUUUGUUUGUUCCCCCUCCACCAGAGAUGGAGUCCAUACUGUGUCUCAUUGCUGUAACACACCUCUCUGCAAUAAAGUAGAACUUCCAAUUCCAACACCAGGCCCUACUCCAGAAAAAACAGCUUCUAACCUAGGACCUGUGGAACUGGCUGCUGUCAUUGCUGGACCUGUCUGUUUUGUCUGCAUUUCACUGAUGUUGAUUCUAUACCUUUGUCAUAAUCGUACUGUAAUUCAUCAUCGUGUGCCAAGUGAAGAAGACCCUUCACUGGAUCGUCCCUUUAUAUCAGAAGGAACCACUUUAAAGGAUUUAAUUUAUGAUAUGACAACUUCAGGUUCUGGGUCAGGUUUACCUUUACUUGUGCAAAGAACAAUCGCAAGAACUAUAGUACUUCAAGAAAGCAUUGGUAAGGGUCGCUUUGGAGAAGUCUGGCGGGGGAAGUGGAGAGGAGAAGAAGUUGCUGUGAAGAUCUUCUCUUCAAGAGAGGAACGGUCAUGGUUUCGAGAAGCAGAAAUUUAUCAGACAGUUAUGCUACGCCAUGAAAACAUUCUUGGAUUUAUAGCUGCAGACAACAAAGACAAUGGUACAUGGACUCAGCUGUGGUUAGUGUCAGACUAUCAUGAGCAUGGAUCACUCUUUGAUUACCUGAACAGGUAUACAGUAACAGUGGAAGGAAUGAUAAAAUUAGCUUUGUCCACUGCCAGUGGUCUUGCUCAUCUGCACAUGGAAAUUGUUGGCACACAAGGCAAACCAGCGAUUGCCCACAGAGAUUUAAAAUCUAAAAACAUAUUGGUGAAGAAGAAUGGAACAUGCUGCAUUGCAGACCUGGGAUUGGCAGUUAGGCACGAUUCAGCUACAGACACAAUUGACAUUGCCCCAAACCACAGAGUGGGAACAAAAAGGUACAUGGCUCCUGAAGUCCUAGAUGAUUCCAUAAAUAUGAAACAUUUUGAGUCAUUCAAACGAGCAGACAUCUAUGCAAUGGGAUUAGUGUUUUGGGAAAUAGCUCGGCGGUGUUCAAUUGGUGGAAUCCACGAAGAUUACCAGUUGCCAUACUAUGACCUUGUUCCUUCAGACCCUUCUGUUGAAGAAAUGAGGAAAGUUGUGUGUGAACAGAAGUUAAGGCCCAAUAUUCCAAACAGAUGGCAGAGCUGUGAGGCAUUACGAGUGAUGGCAAAAAUUAUGCGGGAAUGCUGGUAUGCCAACGGAGCCGCUCGGCUGACAGCUUUGCGCAUUAAGAAAACAUUAUCACAACUUAGUCAGCAAGAGGGGAUCAAGAUGUAAUCCUGGAUUUGCUACAGAAGAACACUGUAAAAAUCCCUAUCUGCACCAGAGUGGCGUGUUAAGAAGGUUAAUUGUUCUACCUCACUGGGGGAACAGAAGGAUAUUGCUGCCUUUUAGUACUUCAUAGGAACGUCACUUAGGAUUUUUGUGGAUGUGCUAAACAGUUGUGUUGGGUCUUUCUGUGCACUAUGAACCUCUUUCCCAGGUUACUUAUAAAACAUCAUGUACUCUAGUUUCGUUAAUCUAUAAUUUUUUUAUUUGGGAAGUUGAUAGCUGGUCUUUGCUAAUUAGCUGUACUAAAAGUAGGAGGUCACUUCUAAACUGAAACUGGUUUGCUAUAUUGUUCUACAGUGCAUUGAUGGCUCUUAAAGCAACUUUAUUGCUGCCUGGUACAUUGACUACUCUGAACCACUGUCUCGAUUCCUGGAUUCAGAUUGUGAAUGUACUAUUGGAGUAUACCUUGCCAACUAUUAAGGUAGUGCAUCUUUUGGACUCUUACCUUGACUUAAAAAUUGACCUCAUUCAGUUGUGGGAACAUAACUUAUGCAACUAUACUUUAUACAUGAUUUCCGGGUUUUUUCCACUUUUUCAGAACAUUACAUUGCCUUCAAAAUAGAUUGUAUUACACCAAUAAGUGCCACUUUUGAGUCUUUUAAUGCAAAGUAGUAGGGAUGUACAAAGCCUAUGGUACUUUUGGUUUCAAAAAUAAAAGUUAAAAGUUGUUCCUUUGCCUAGCUAAGUGCUAAAUCUCACUCGUUGCAACAGUGAGUACAUAAUAGAUAAAAAGUCUUCAAUUUUACCAAAAUCUGACUCUUGAAACCACUGUAGGAGUUUUAAAUAGUGUAAGCUAGUAAAUUCACUGUCAUAUUUUGUAAUUGUCAAGUUACAAGUCAUAAUUAUGUAGAUUUUUUUUUAUCAAGUGGUACUUCUAAAAUGCUUGAAGUACCUAUCUACUUCAGAAAAGUAGCAAGAAAAAUAAAAUGUUAAGGGAGAUUUUGCUUCAUUAAAUAAGUAUGAAAAGCAUAUUUUCUGUGCAGUUCUGCCGAGUCUUAAGGCUCAAGGAACAAUAUUUGCAAUUACACAAUGAUUUAAUGCACUUGUCAUUAGAGAAAAGUUAUUUGGGCUUUUGUACUAGACAGUUCAAAGCUGCUUAUAAGUUUUAUGUACAUGUAUGUUGUGUGUGCCUCAUACACAAAGUGGUGAGCUAGAGAAGGUGGUGAGCUGCAGGUCUUUGGACACAAAUAUUGGGGGAUUCCAGCAAUCCUCUUCAUUGUUAGAAGAACAAAGCUUAAGGUGAUGUGUGUUGUCAUAAGAACACAGAAGAAUAUGCAUGGCUUUAGUCAAGAUUUCCCUAAGUUUUCAAGAACAUCAUAAUGUUGUCACAAACUUGUUUAGAAGUUAAAUUGCUUCCUACCCAAAUGUACAACAAAAACCUGCUGUUACCAGGUGUCAUGGUUUGAUGCUGGCACAAUGCCAAUGCCCCCAUGAAAAUAUAUUCUCUCUAGUGUCUGCUGUGAGAUGUGACUAAAAAUAGAGCAAAGCAGGCUCUAGCUUAGGAAUGAAGAAAAAAGCUUUAUUAAGCUACAAUAUGUAAAAAGGAACACACACAUAACUCAGAAUGAAAACCUUCUAAAAUGUUCCUCCUCACUCAAUUUUUAACACAGUACAGUGAGACAAAACCUCGGAUUCUCAAUCAAGUUACCAUCCUUCAGAUAAUCAAUUCUCAGUUCAUCACCACCCCUCAGAUAAUCAAUUCUUAGUUUAUCAAGGGAGAGAGGAGUCCCUUGUAUACUGUAGGUUCCCUAGGUAACACAGUUGUAACUUCUUGUGUUUCCAUGUCACACAUGGCACCACCUGGAGAAAAUCUGCCCUUGUGACAUCUUCCUUACAUGAUGCAGAUGAUUGGUUUGACCACAACCUCCCAAAAAACUCACUUCCUUAUCAACCUAGGACACCAGGAUAUUUUUUUAUUGCAACUUUAGUAAGAUCUGGUUGACCUUUGGUGUUCCAUUGAUGUCCAAAACAAUAGUGUUUUAGUAUGUAAAUGUGUGUGGUAAUUAAUAUGUUGCCUAACCUGCCACUCUUCAGAACACAUCAGUGCCCAUCGCAUUGUGCAACAUACAUGGCAACCUUUAACUUGGCUUCCUGUUCAUCCCUUGGCGUAGAACCCACUGAGAGUUUGCUGCCAAGAUGGUGGCAGUGGCAGGUUGCUGGUAGCAGCACAGUCAAGGUUCUGUGCCAUGGUCUGUGAUGUGUGGCAGCUCAAACAGGAAGAGGAAUGAGGCCCAGGAAGAAGAGGCUACAUAGGUGACACAAGCCUUACCCAAGAAAAGCCUUAAGAGUUGAUUUUUGUUUAUUUCCAUAUUCUUACUGCUUGCUUGGAGAGAAGUUUAAAUUAUGUCAGAAUUACAGACUCUCAGAGGUCAAACUGCAAAUAAUUAAAUGAUUUUGUCAACAAUGGAUGAGUUUAUUCAUACUGGAAGACAGUAUCCAGGAGAAAAGGGAAAAAUAAGAGAAGUUCUUAGAAACCAAUUAGGUUUAAACAUACAUACAGCUGUCACACUUAUGUUUGGCAUUAUCUGACAGGUCAGGCUUAUGUGCUUCAGGCUUUGUCAGUCAAAGCCAGAUUAAAAAUUACUUCAUGUAGGUAUUUUAAAUAAACUAUCCCUUUGUGCGCAUGGACAAUUGUGCUCCACAGAGGUUUUCCAUUAACUGUUCAAAAAAAAAAAAAAGUUUGAAUGUAAUGUAACUUCCAAGCCUGUCUACUUGGCAACCUUUCUAGCAAGUUCUAUGUAUCUGUACAGAUACUUUAAAAAAAAACCAUGUCAUCAUGAAAAUAGGUCAGGGUCUCCAUCUAAUUUCAAAGGCUUCCUAGUUAGCAAUUUAACUUUUUUGUUUUGUAACUUUGUUACAUUUCAAGUUUUCAUAGGUGCCCUGUGGGCCUUACCAUAGAUACAAAUGAUACAGCUACUACUUCAGAAGUAUCAGGCUCCUGGCGUGCCUCAGAUCUCUACAGUAAUUUUUGUGGGAACAGGAGUGUUUACAGUAUAAUUAAUCAAAUAAUUUUAGUGGCUCUUUUAACAUCCACAAAACCUUAUUGGAAAAACAUUUAAUUUCCUAAAAUAUACAGAAGAGUUCUGUUGCAUUUUAAAGAGGAUGUACAGCAGCUGAACAGCAUUAUGGCACGCAGAUGAUUCUGUCAACAAUAUAACUGUGUGUUAUAUUGUAUCAACCACCUGCAAAUCUUCACUCUCCUAAAUGGCUAGCAACUGUUCUUACUUUGUUCAAAAUUUAGCUUUGCAAUAGAAGCUUGCAAAAACAAAGCACAGAGGGAUGCUUGACACUGUGUAUGACCUAAGGAACAGUAUUUUAGAACAACCUUAUUAUCAUUCCUAUUGGGCUGAAGAACAGGAGAAUUCUGAAUAGAGCUAUAUGUAUUCUCAGUGCUUUUCUGACACCAUGACUUCAAGCUUUGUUCUUCUUUUCCAUUAUAUGAACUGAACACCUUUUACAAAGGCUGUGUCUGUAUAUAUUAUGUAACUUUAAAUGUUACCUGUGUAAGAUCAUAUCUUAUAUAUAUGGACACAGGUACACAUAAGUAUUUUUUAAAUUAAGAUUGUAAUAUCACCAGAUCUGCUCUUGGAAAUCCAGGGGGACCAAAAUAUUUUAGCAUUCAAAAUAUUAAUUUUGUAUAAUUUCAAGUAUAUACCAAAACACUUUCUGAUUGAUACUGAUGCAAAUGUUUAUUGUAAAUAUUACAUACAUUAUAGAUUCACUUGAAUUUUUUGGAUUCAAUCAACUUUACAUUUUAGUAGCAUUGAAGCCUCAGUUUGAUUUACAGACUUGUGACCAGAUGGAUAUGGACGUAGAGAACAAGAAGCAUUGGAAAUGGUCUGAUGCUGAAAAAUCUAAAAUGUCAUUUUUGAAAUGCUGGAAUUCUUCAGGGACCUUCCAACCUUAAAAGCUGGAAUUCUGCGAUGUUUCUCAAGCAGACUCUCCAAGUAUGACACACUGUCACCCUCCUAUGGUUCUGCUUGUAAUCCUAAGAAAGACUUUGUAUAUAAAUAAAGACGUUGGUAUUGACUGUGUGGGGACAUGAAGGUGUCAAAUGAAGUAAGAGGCUAUUUUAUUUUCUCAGUAAUGGCUCUGAGUGUGACUGCCAUGAAAUUCACCUUUUAGUUAGUUCCUUGUUUGUAUUGUGCCAUUGAAAUGAUUGCAAGGUGUUAAUCAUUUUGUGUUUAAAAAAACAAGCAAACAGAAAAAAUCCCUUCACCAUAUCCGUUGCUUUAAACUCAAAUUACCUCUUAAAAGACCAAGGUACAUUUACCUCAUGUGUAUAUAUGUUUAAUAUUUUUCAGAAUGUUCUCCAGGUUUGCAGUUACAUGUUUCUAGAAAUAUGGAUAUUACUAAAUUUACGACUUCAGUGGUACUAAGUGUAUUAUCUGGUGCCCCAAAACACUUCAUUUUCUGUCUUUUAUUGUAUUAGCAAGUUUGCUGCUUUGUCACUGUAGCACCUGCCCUUACAUAGCUGUGUGGAUACUGCCUUGUAAAUUUUACUUUUUGGAUGAUUUGAGGAUCCUGUACAGAUGAGUGUCAUUUUUAAACCUUACCAAAUUGUGCAUUUCCCUUACAUUUCUGAAGAUAUGUAUUGUAUUUGUAGAGUAUACAUUUCAAUGGAUUGUAAAUAGGACAGUAGAAGAGUGGAUGCUUAUGUUAAGUGCUAACACUACAGUAGAGAGAUUAAAGCAGUGAAAAUAAAUAACUUUUUUCAAAA